AUGGCAGGACCUCAGAUGGAGGACAGCGCUCUGGACAUGGUGACAUGUGAAGAUGAUGGCGAGGAUGAGGAAGGAAUACAGAAUGGAGCGGAGGAAGAUGAAGAAUGUCAGGAGAUCAUCGAGCCAGCAGAGGUGAAAGCAGAGCCUGCUGAACAAAGUGACAGAUUGACCCCCCAGGAGGAGGAAAUGGAAGAAGAAGCUGAAGCUUGCGCUGUGGAAUCUGGUAUUUUAUUCUGUGUUAAAAAUGCUCCCCAUGUUAACCCCCUUAAGGCUUCUUUUUACAGGUGUGCAGGACAUUGAGGACCAGAGCAAAUUUGGGAUUUACUGUUUGCUUUGUAUGGUUUAUUAUUAUUAUUAUUAUUAUUAUUAUUAUUAUUAUUAUUGUACUUAUUUUCAAAGCAGUUAAAGGGACUUUAGGCAGCAUAGCUACUAGUGCACACUGUACUGGCUAAAAAGGCUUAGUGCCAUCCCCUGGUUUAAUGGCUUAGUAAAAAAAAAAAAAGCAUUUUUUAGCAGAGAGUGUAGGGCAAACCUAUUCUCAACCCAUAUUAAAUGAGACGCUGGAACUUCUGCUUAAGGUAUAUGUAAAGAGGAGGAUUUCCCAGACAAUGGAGACCCAGGUAAGGUCCAAACCAUUUGAAAGGUGCUUAUAUUCCCCAUUUGAAGCAACACUUUAACAUUACAGCUACAGUGCACUAUAGUGAUUAUGGCACUAGAAGUAGCCUGGCAAGUUUGACUCUUUACAGUGGAGUGUGUGUGUGUGUGUGUAUAUAUAUAUCACUUUUUUUUUUUGCACUCUUUGGGGUUGUAUGAAAAACAAUUGCUUGCAAAAGCAGCAGACUUUUCGACUGCAACCUUUGCAAGCCCUCUCUCUUCCUAUUCUUAGAUAGUCCUGUAAAGUAUUGUUCUGCAUGAAAAUGAGAUUUAAUUUUCAGGGUAAAAAUAUAAUCUUGCCUUAUUGUAAAUCAAAUGUAAGAACCCAUAUUAUAGAUUCAGAAAGCGCAGUGGCUAGCUACAGCAUUAAUUAGGAGAAUAGAAGAUUUUAGUUGUAAAAGGCUAAAACUUUUGAAUCUGUUUACUUUAGCAAAAAUGUGGUCUGUGUGGGUGUGUAUGUAUAUCCAGUUUAAAAAGCUCUCAAAUUGCUUUCUGGUGAACUGUUUAUCUGUCUUCCUCCCUCACCUCCUCUCCCCCCCACCCCCCCAUUAUAAAUAGUAAAUCGGUUUCAGAAGGUUGACCGUAGUCUUUCUACGCAAGGACUGGCUGUGCAGGACAUAAAUUAUUGGCUGAGAGAAAUCCGCUGAUUCUGUCCGCCUAUAACAUAACCCUGCACUGUUUAGUUUAGAAAAUCCAAUAGGGGACACAGCUGUAAUCUAAGAGAAAGUAAUACGCAACAUAGUGUUAUAUAAUUUACCAUCAAUAUUUCACCGCUAUAUAAUUGAUCUCACAGGAGAUAGUAGUGUAUCAGCAUUUUAAGGUGCUUCCACCGAUGUAUUGGGGUCCUGCAUAGGUAGCACACCCAAUACCCUCUGUCUGACUCUGCUCUAAAUAGGCACUUCAACGGGAUAGAACGAUGUAGCAAAAACAUUUAUUAGAGAGGAUAAUAAAAUACCAUCCAACGUGCUUCUUUCUUAUAGGAUUUCCGGGACCAUCAAUUAAAGCAACAAUCAAAAUAUCUGACAUAACCCUCCCCUCCUGUUUAAAUAGAGCAGAACCUCUGAUUCCAUUGGUUCUCGGUUGGGUAUGUGUUGCUAUGCGUCGGACAGUAGAUAUUAUUAUCCUUUUUUAAUUUUAUUUUUGCUACAACUUUCUAUUUCGUUGUUGUACUUUGUGGAGCACACAGUGGGUACUGCAAAAUAUUUACGUUAAAUUGUUUUGCGCUAUGUUUUUUUGUUUUGUUCUUUGUCCUUGUAGAAUUCAGGAUUUUGUAUACUAUUGUUUGUGGGAAGGAGUUAUUGGCAAAGUCCCCUGGGGGAGCUGCUAUUGACUCCUUCACACCAGCAAUAACUACACGUUAAAGGACCACUAUAGUCACCCAGACCACUUCUGCUCAAUGAAGUAGCCUGGGUCCCGGGUCCCCCAGGUUUUAACCCUGCUGCUGUAAACAUAGCAGUUUCUGACAGCCACUAGAGGCGCUUCUGCGAGGCUCAAUACGAAAAUCGCAUUGAGCAUGCAGAACUCCCAUAGGAAAGCAUUGAGCAAUGCUUUCUUAUGAGCAGUUUAAAUGUGCGCGCAGCUCUGGCGGCGCAUUCGGCUCCACUCGGGAGCUGACGUCGGAGAGGGAGGAGAGGUCACCGUGCAGAGGGACCCCGGCGCUGGAUUAAGGUAAGUGGCUGAUUGGGUUUUAACCCCUUCAGCCCAGCGGGAGGGGGGCUCUGAGGGCGGGGGGGACCUAAGGACUAUAUAGUGUCAAUAAAAAGAGUUUGUUUUCCUGACACUCUAGUGGUCCUUUAAGUCUUACUUUGUUUUGUAUAAUCCUGUUUGGGUAUAUUGUGUACUAUAUAAUAGAAGUGCCUAAGCAGAAGCUUCCAGUAGGUAAGAGGUCAAACUGUUUAAGAAUUGAUUCACUACUUACAGUGGUUAUACCAGGACACUCUUGGCACAGCAACCAUUACAUUGUGGUGUAGUGGUUAUGGUGUUUGUUCUUUUAAUGGAUGGUACAAAGGGCAAGAGUUCACUCAUUUAAACUUUAGAGAUUUCACAUAUGGUCAAAGAAAGGAAUCUUUACUGCAGGAACAUGUGUUUUUCCUGUAUUUUCUUAAUAAAGCAUAACAGCAUUUAUUUAUUCGUUUAUUUUAAACUGAUCCUUCAAGGAUAUAAUGGUUAAUAUGGGAAACAACUUGUUGAUCCAAGUAGACAUCUGGCUGCCAGUUUUGAGUCUGGAUUGGAUUUGUUUUCACUUUUGUGGCAAAAUUAACAAUUGUUUAAAAUAAAUAUUUUUUUUUCCCUUCUUCUGGAUCAAGAGAAUAAUACUAGAUGCCCACCACCUCCUGAUCUAAACCUAUAUUCUUCAGGAUGAACUUUUUAGAAGCCUAAACGGUAUAGGAACACUCCAAGCACCAUCACUACUACAGUCCACUAUUGACUAGUGACUAUGGAGCCAAGAGUGUCCUUGCACAGGUAGACCAUUUUUUAAAAUUGAACUUAAACGUAAUUAAACUUACCUUGGGUAUGCCAGUUACUGCCUCCUUUGCCACUGAAAGAUCCCUGUACUAAACAUAUUCAUGCCGAAAGAUAUAUUACUAGUCAAUACCUCUUAGACAACCCUUAUAGUUUAAUACACCAGUAAAAAUGAUAAUCUGCGCUAAAUAAUAUUUCUCUCCUACUCCUAUAGUAAUCAGACAUAUAAAUGGGGAACAAGACAAAACAUUUUUUUUUUUUUUUUUUAAAGUAAAACUGGCAGUGGUAUAUCUGUAAAUAAUUUUUUUUUUUUUUUUUUAAAUCCAUACACGCUGUUUUGUCUGUAUCAAUAUCACUGGAAUGUGUGAUAUAAAGACGAAACGUCUGGUUGCCAGGAUACAGGGAAGUCGGUACGUCCGGUAAUACCCACGAUCAAGGAGAAGGCUGCAGCGCGUACGGCAGUCCGAAUUCAAUGGCACAUAGACUGCUGAUUGAUAUAAUGCAAGUUUACCUUGUAUUCUUUACCAUACAGUUUUUAUUUUUUAUUUAUUUAUUUUCUUUCUUUUUAUUUUCAUUGGUUUCACGCAAGGUAGUAUUCUUCUCCGUUCUUCUAUGUCCACUGCGAACGUGGCAUUUUAUGCCAGUCUGCAAGAUAAGUUUCAGGUUUAAAGUGCCAGCUACAACACACAGCGCAAACCUUUUCAUGUGCCUUACAACUAUUGGAGUGGCAAGGUUCUCUAAAUUAGAAAGCGCAGGUACUCUGCGUGAACUUUUAUUAAACCGCAUCUACUAAGGUUGACCUUUUAACAGCUGAUAAAUGGAUUUUUUUUUAGUGAGUUUUUUUUUUAAAUGGAUUUUUUUAUUUACAGAUAUACCACUGCCAGUUUUACGUAAAAAUUAUUUAUUUAUUUUUAAAGUCCUCUUAUUUGAUUUGAUCUAAUUGUAAUAUUUUAUUGCACCCACAUGUGUAGGAGGGACAUUUUUAUUUAACACGGUUAUUAAACAAAACAUUUCUUUUGGUGUAUAUAAGGUGUGGGAUCUCCCCAAACCAGUUUGCCAGGUAGUGGGUGUCCUGCUUGGAUAAACAGCAGCUAUAUGUUAACCCAGUGAAUGCCAUAAAACUUUAGAUUUUGUUAACAAUCCUUAUAGCUUAGAUCACCACUUCAGAUUCACCAUUAUAGCAUAUGUUCACGUUCCAAAUGCGGUCACCUAAUAUAGCUUGGUAAACUUGUUAAGAAAAAAGGGGGAAGAAAUCUAUCAAAGAAAUUAGGUCCACAGUAGGUGUCUAGUUUCUGCGAUGAAUUGCUGAAUUAUUUGUUUUCCCUUUUUCUUACAAGCCUGCACUGAACAAAGUCUUGCGGGACAGGGCUUAGCUCACAGGCUGAGAGUACUAAUGCUCUUAGCUAAUGAGCCAGCUAUGCACAGAAUGGACAAAUUUAAGGUUCCAGGGAACUCGCGGCACCAUAACUACCACUGAAGAAUGUUUUGGUACUCGAAGUGUUUCUUUUUAAUUGAAAGGUUUCAAGGGUCUAAACUAUUACUUUGGAUUCCAGAAUGUCUGACGAAAGAAAAAGUUAUCAAAAUCUUCCCGGUGAGGGAAUCAGCAGAUCCUUAAAUCAUACCCUCAUGUCCCAAUACAGAAAUAUUGCAAUGAUUGUAAUCCAGGCUGAUCUUACUGAAGAUGCAGAGAAAUAAGGUCAACAGAGGAAAGAUACAAGCUGGUUGAAAACAAAGAGACUGAGCGAGCAUCAAAAAUAUCUGACCUCAUAUUCCUGAUUGAUGAGAAAUGCAUCUUCUUGUUCUUGUGAGAGGUCCUGAGGUCUAUCAGUGGUCUACCAAAUAACUUUGUUUCCUGGAAUGUUGAUUUAGCUCAGAUCCCAGUCUGCUUGAACCUCUGCUGUGGUUGUCUUCCAUGCAAUUCUCAGAACCUCUGUUGUAGAUUGCAGACAUAACCUCUAUAGGUUUUUGACCUAACUCACAAUCUGGCUGCAUAGUUAACAGUGGAAUGUAAUGUGUGUUCCUCUUUGGUGAUUAAUAUGUUACUAAAGACUGGUUGUCAGAUCACACUGAAAGGGACACUCAAGAUCCAUAAAGCACUUUAGCUUACCAUCAAACAACCGUUCCUGUUACUUCUUGGUUUAGUUUGCUCUGUGGAGGUAAACUCAAGAGGCCGCAAUUGCUCAGAGCUCCUGCCUUGCAAAGACUCCUGAUUGAGCUGCACUGUGGUUGGACAGCUGUAGAAAAUCUGGACGUGGUUAGAAGAGGGCUUGCAAAGACAGCAAACAAGACUGAGAACGGCAGGUUUUGCAGUUGUUUUAGAUAUACCCCAAUGUAAAAAUGCAUUAUUAAAUGCAUUGACCAGUCAGCCUCUAGAGGCGCUUCCGUAAUGUAAGUGCACUUUUGGUCCGCUAACUGACGCUCUACAUCCUCACGCUCUGCAUGAUGACAUCCAGUGUCAGCUAUUUUCCCAUAGGGAAGCAUUGAUUCCAUGCUUUCCUAUGGGGGGGGGGAGAGACUAAUGUGCAUGAGGCACUUGCAUGUGUAUUAACUCCCUCUUGGAUGACGUCGGAGGUGUCAAGAUUAUUUGAUCCAGCACGUAGAAUUGUAUCACAGCAAGGACUAAUAGGAAACGUCUUACCGGGCCUUAGAAUGGCCUGACUAAAUGUACCAGAGAAUAGUCAGAAUGCUAGCCAAGUUCAGGGACACAUAAAGAGAGGCAACAAUUAGGCAAAGCCAGAAGUCAGGGAAACCAGAAUACAAGGAAGUCAAUACUGAGCCAAAGUCAAUAACCAGAAGUAAACGUUCAGAAACACACUCUCGGCCAACCACUAGGGAAACCAUGACAGGGCAAUGAUGAAAAGGCAUAAGGAGUUUAAAUAAGUCUAUUUCCGCUCUGACUGGGCAAAAAUCUGCAUUUGACCCCAGAACGUGCGUGCGUGUCUCCCGCAUGACGUCACGCGCAUGCUGACGGCAUCAAUGUGGGGCUAUAAUUUGGCGUGGAUCUGCAGCUGCCGGCAUCCAUCAGCAUCUUGAAGGAGUGCGAUAUACAGAGGCACGGCCUCUGGGUGCAAAUGCCGCACGGUGAGGCUGAACAUGUUACAGGAAAGGGGCAUCGGGUAAAUGUUUUUUAGCCCUUUAUUCACAGCGGCGGGGGAGGCAGAGGCAGCUAUAUUCCUGGGACUAUAGUAUCCCUUUUAAGCUCUUUUAAAGGAGCUAGUUAUCUCUUGCUAUUUUUAAAGCAGCGUCCGAGGCCACAAGAAUUUUGGUGAAAAUUCUUGGAGCUGACGUUAGCUCAAAGAAGGAUUUAUUAAAAUGUGCAAAUAGUCAUCUUCUAUGUCUACUGGUGCAAUUAAAUAAAAUUCCAAAUUACUUGACUUGCAUGAGUCUGAAACUGCCCUUCAGCUUCUAUAGCAGAAAAAGGUGGUGUAAUCGCAGACCCUUGUAGAUGAGAAAGAACUGGUAGGGGUUAUAAUGAAUUUUGUGUAGUUUUCGAAAAACCAGUCUCUUAGGGUGGACCUAUGGGGGAAGAGGCCUGACCCACUGAAUGGUGCUCUUUCUGACUUGAGAAAAGCGUUUUGUUUUUUUAAACCAUGAAAUAAAUAAUAUAUUCCUUGUUGGCCAUUUCUGUGGCUUUAGUGUGAAAACUGCAAUAAAGAAUUCAUAAAGAAGUAUAAGUUCUCUGUGCUGCUUCUGAGGCGUUUACACUGGAUUAGACAUCUGGUAAGAAAGCCAAGUUAUUUAUUAAUAUAUAAACAUGGUUAUGAAUAAAAAAGGUCAGCUAAUAGUAGAAACAUCCUUCAUCUUUUUAUUAAUGUCACAGUGCACAGGAGAGCAGGUAUGGUGCACAACAGGGUGCUGACUUGCUCUCCACAGUUGGAAUACCGAUCAGAGUUUAGGCUUUAUCAAAUUUGAAUUUUGUACCAAAACCACUAUUUGCUGCUCGUAUGUGCAGUAGUGCCUUAAGAUAACUGUGGAAUGUAAUGCAGCCUAUGUGUGUAUUCCACGUUCAUAUUACCUAUUCCAACAUGGUCAUCCUCUGUGAUCGAAUGCAACUGCCCCUGGAGUAUAUACCCUCUGCUUAUGUGUGGAAGAGGGGAAGUUUAAUACCUAAACAUGGUUUACUAAUCCCCAGGAUGCAGCCAGGACCCAGCUGUGAAAGUGUCCCUGAAUUGAAACAGUUUGGUCCCACCAACCUCCCUAGGAACUAUCCAUCCUGUACUGUGAGAAACCGGUAAAGACUGGGCACAUUUAGCUAAGAGGAGCAUUUUUAUCAGAAGAGACAUCUGAUGCCAGCAUUUUGUAAUUAUGUGUGCCCCACCCACACGUUACAAUAAAAUGUUAAACUUUUAUUUUUUUAUUUUUUUACCCAGUUGCUUUCAACACUGUAUGUUGUGAAAUCAACAUGAAGCUUUCCCCAUUUUUUUAUUUUUUAUUUUUUUUAAAAAUCUUUAUUUUUGAGGUGCGUUGAAAUUCACGUAACAUGUGACAGGGUUACAGUAUAGGUAGGUAAAGUAGAAGCAAGAAAUAUUUGUCGUAUGUAACGCACCAUUUUUGGUAGUAUAUAACAUGGUUAAACAUUGGACAGAACAAAGGUUUUACAUGACAUGUGUAUCUCUUUGUAUAGUUUGUAGACCUGAUUUGAACAGUUGUGCCAAAGCUUGUUCCGAGGCCACUUUGUGAGUAGGCCCCUGACAUCUGGAAGUAUAACUAGAUAGAAAAAUGCAAAUAUCUUGCCCGUUUAGCCUAAAAAAGGUAAAUUAAGUUAAAUGCGGAGAUUGCCCAACAGGUUAACAAGCUCUUAGUUCACCAGUUCCUGACGACUCUCUUGUUGAUCCAUCUUUCGGGCUGCAGUGUGUCUCUGUCCCGAGAGUCUUGGGGCCGCAUUCUGCAGUCUGGAUUCCCUUGGGAUGAAGGGGACCACCGUGGCUGGGUCCCAAAGUCCUGUUGUUGCAGUUCCAGUUGUCUCAGGGUUUGGAGUAGAGAUCCCCAGGUUACGUAGGAAUGUUAGUGCCUCACUCAUUAUUGUUAGUGUAUGAGUAAUCCCAUCUCAGGUGAGUAUGAUUGUACAGUUUGCAACCCACUUGUAGGCCAGGUUUGCUCCUCGGAUUUGUGCAGUGACCGUGCCAAAAGCUUUGUGUUGCAGAAGUGUUGCCUUUGUGUGGUCAUGGUAGAAUGUGAGAGAGGUGUUUUCAAACAUUAGUGGCGUUUUACCUCUUAGGGCCGACAUGAUUUGGCUCUUAUCUUGGAUUGUAAGGCAUCUGAGGAUCACAUCCCGGGGCUGAGUAGGUUUGAGUGGGGUGGUGCUGGCGAGACGGUAGACUCCAUCUAUGGUGAUUUUUUUUUUGCCGCUGUGUGCGGCAGGAUUGUAAAUAAGAGUCUGCGGAUAUAAUGUGGGAGUUCCUCUGCCGUGAUUGCAGCUGGGAUUCCCCUUAUUUUAAUAUGGGUGCGUCUUUGGCGGUCUUCCAUCGCUGCUAAUUUGUGUGUGAGUGUUUGCUGAGUGGUUUGCAUUUGGAUUAUUGAUUCAUCAAGUUUAGCUAGUUGGCUCUGCACUGCCAUCACGUCUUCCUCUGUGGUUCUCACCCUUUCUGUGACCGCGUGUACCUCCGUUUUUAAGAGGGCGGAAUCGGCGGCCAGCAGUUUGUGGAUGUCGGCUAAUAAUAUUUUUAGGUCCCGUUUGGUUGUCAGGGCAGAGUCAUCAGAGGGGUCUUGCACCGAGGUUAGUGGGGUCUCCUCGCCUUGUUGUUGUUCCCGGGUCGGGUGGUGUUUGGGUGUCGCCACUUGCGGUACUUCCGCGGACACGGGUCUGUGAGGAGUAGGCCUCUGGAGCAGCUCUCCAAUGUCCCUGGUCUCCGUUGCGGCUUGGGGUUUUUGUGAUCGUCUGUCCAUUGCCUGCGUGUGUGCCGUCGGGGUUGAGGUAUGUGCCUGUUCGGCUCCUCUUGCCGUUAUGCUUUCCAGCAGCUCCCCCAGGUCCGGGAUCGAUGGCGUGUGGUAGGCCUGAGACCUUCGUUUCCUUUGGGGUAGUCUCUGGGUGGCGAAGAAAGGCAUCAAUCAUUGCCGGCUGGUUUACUGGAGCGGGUGGUGAGGGUUUCGGGUUCGGAUCGGGCUCGGGUUGGCUGAUAUUUGUGGGAUUGAUCAGAUAUGAGUCGGAGCUGGCAGAAAUGGCGUCCUGUUCAUUUGCUUGUAGGCUCCGCCCCCCAGCUUUCCCCAUUUUUAACAAUGAUAAUUGUAAAGACUUGCAUUAAUUGAAAGUCACUGGAGGCAUCCUUGGUGACAAAUUUUAUUACUGCCAUUUCUCACAAACAGCAACUCCUGUUACAUUUGUCAGUGAUGGUACUGGGUCAUUGAACCAAACCCACUAAAUUAAGAUGUAGCUUUUUUGGUGCUUUGAGUAUCUGGUUGUUUGACCUGUCUCUCCUCACUACCAUACAUUUUUGGGUCCUGGAGACUAUCUGCUAGGAGCCUUUGUUACUUUCCUAUUAUUAUGCAUGCAGGUAAACAAAACUGCCUAUCCACUAACAAUACUGGAUUUUCCUGAAGAGGUCGUUUUUUUUUUUUGUUUUGUUUUUCUUACCUUCUCUUAUUGCACAGUGUGUUUAAGGAUUUGUUUUUAUUAGACUUUUGCACAAUGCCUUUCAGGUGGGUCAAAUACAUGAAAUUAUUUUUAAUUCUUAUUAAUAAUUUUUUUAAUUUUUUUUUUGGAGGGUGUGAGGGGGUCUUUUUAAUCAAUGCCUGUAUGAAUCGAUUUGUCCAGAUUUACUUGUGAGGUGUUAAUAAUUAGAUAAGACUCCACAGGUAAAUUCCAGCAAAUAGAUCAAUUCCUUCGGGCAUUUAAUUUAAAGGAAUUUGAUUCAUUUGACCCACCUAAAACGCAUUUGAACAAAAGUCUAUUUCUUAUCUGCUGCUUCUGUGGCAAAGUGCUGUAAGAUCAGUUUGAAAAUGAAACUUAAAAAAAUUAUAAUAAUUCAUGGCCAGGGGAGUUGUGGAUAGAAUUGUAUAAACUAAAUUAUUUAACUCCUAAAUGCCAGAAAAUUGAGAUGGGACACAGCACGGAUAUAGAAAUCAUAGAAUGUGAUAAGAACCAUUCGGCCCAUCUAGUCUGCCCAAUUUUCUAAAUACUUUCAUUAGUCCCUGGCCUUAUCUUAUAGUUAGGAUAGCCUUAUGCCUAUCCCACGCAUGCUUAAACUCCCUCACUGUGUUAACCUCUACCACUUCAGCUGGAAGGCUAUGAUCUAUACACCAAAACCACUUCAUGAAGCUUAAUUUUUUUGGGGGUGCAUAGUGUAUCCCUUUUUAAAACAGAAUAUGUAUGUGGAUUUAAAGGUACAGCAAAAAGUUCCAAAGCAAAGUCUAUUUAAGUUAGGAUUGAUUAACAGAGAAGAUGUAUGUGGAUUUAGAGGUAAAUUGUAUAUAUCAGUUUGAGAUGUUUUUUAUAUAUUAAAUUGUGAAUGUAGAUUUUGUUUCCAUUUUGUGCCAUACCCAUUCUUGUUUGCAGAUGAAUUUGCACAGAAAGAGCAUCAUGGGAUGAAGAACCUACAAGAGGAUGAAAAACAAGGUCGUACAUAUCAUGAAUUUAACGAGGAGGCAUAUUGCGAUCGGUUAGGAAUUUUAUUUUUUCUUCACGUUUCUUAAUGUGUUGGCUUAACAAAUCUUUAAACCUUUUUAAAUGUUUUGGUUCUCGUCCACUUUGGUAAAUGUAUUUUUACAGAGCAUAAUGAAAACUGAGUGAUGGGUGAAGAUACGAUGGGUGAGGAACUAAAAGAAUGGAGAGAGCAAUUUAAUCGGGGGGGGGAAUUAAAAAUGGGAGAAAGCAGUAGACCUAUAAAUGCUUUUGGCUCUUGUCCUUUUAUUAAUGUCUUUCUACCACUGUAUUAAACUUCCCUGGUCCUGGCAAGAUUAGCAGGCAAUGGGAGCACAAAUCCAUGGUAAAAAUAGCUGUUAAUGGCGCACCCUUCAUUCAUUCGAAGGGUGGUGGGCUGGAUGGGGCAAUGGGAAAAGAGGGGCUUUAGCAGUGGGAAAAGGGUGAACGAGCAUUAUCUUGGUGGAAUGCUAUGGAAAAAUGGGGUGGAGAUUUGGAGCAAUUGAAAACUGGGAGAAGCUGAUGGAAAAUGAUUGAAGGUGAUGAAAAACAAAUUUAAAAAAUGGUGAGUAGAGGAAGAACAUAAUGGAAGCAAUGGGAUGGGUGAAAAUACAAUGGGAGACUGUGCUAAGGAAUGGAGGGAGCAAUGACAUGGGGGAGAAAUUAAAAAUGGGAGGACGCAGUGGACAUAUAAAUGCUUUUGGCUCUUGUCCUUUUUUAAUGUAUUUCUACAACUAUUUAACUUCCCUGGUACUGGCAAGAUUAACAGGCAAUGGGAGCAUAAACACAUGAUGAAAACAGGGUAGUUAUCAAGUGGUGUAGGCAGAGUUGAGGGAUUAGGAAGAAGUGGUGGGGGCUAGAUGGAGGCAGAGAGGAAUGUAAAAAGGGGGAAAUAGCAUAGUGAAAAAUGGGCAGAAGGGGAUCCACUGACAUGGGAGAAUAAAGUGGGGAAAAUGCGGGAGAGAAGGGUGUAGCGCAAUGGAAAGCUGGGAGAAAUAGAGCAAAAAGGUGGAAGGUGAAGUAGAGGGACAGAAUAAUGGAAAAUGAGAGUUGAGUGAAAAUACAGCUGGGGUGGAAUGAAAAGUUCAAUGGCAGAGAGAUGAAGAAGGAAAAAAGAUGGUGCAAAGGAAUGGGAAGGGAACGAAAAGAAUAGAGGGAGCAGUGGAAUGGGGGAGAAAUAAAAAAAAUGGAAAGGAAGAAGUGCAUGUAUUACUUAUCUCUAAAUCUUUUUAAAUGUUUUUGGUUAUUGUCCUUUUGUUAAAUUUUUUUGUGACUGUAUUUAACUUCCCUAGACCUGGCUAGGUUUGCAGUCAGUGGGAGCAUAAAUAGAUGAUAAUUGUAUGUCCUCCAUUCUCUCUGGCUAAAUAAUGGCUUGUGGAAACAAAAUAAAACUCUUUGCCCUUAUAGCCGACAGAGAGAGCCCACUUGGAUACCAACAAGCAACCAUCCUCGUACUUCAAAAUAGAAACAUAGGGUAAUGGGAGUGGAUGGUGGCUGUAAUUAUUGAGUGGAGUAGGGAAAGUUAUAGGAUGGGUUAGGGAGACAAAAAAAAGAGAACAAUGGAAAUAGGAGGAAAAGGGGUAGAAGGGGAUCAAUGGCAUGGAGGAGUACAAUGUAAAAGCAGGGGAGGGUUGAGGAAAAGAGGUAGAGCAAUGGAAAACAAGGAGAAGCAGGUAGAAGAUGAUGGAAAAGGGGAGUAGAGGGUGAGCAUAAUGGAAACAGUAGGAUGGGUGAAAAUGGGAGAUAAAUGGGGAAACUGUGCAAAGGAAUGGGAGAGGAACAGAAAAAUGUAAUGAGCUGUGGAAUGAGGAAGAAACGAAAAAGGGGUGUCAGAGAGAGAGAGAGAGAGAGAGCAAUGGAAAAGGUCAAGGGGAGGAAAAGUAAAGGAAAAUGCUUGGUAUGUUGCGCAGUGGAAUGGGGAUGGGUGUAAGGAAAGAGCAGUUGGAAAAGUAUAUUUUAGGUUUAGGUCUAAAUCAAAGUCUAACCCUAAAUGUGAUGCAAACCAUAAUCCUACUUUGCUAACCCUGAAUGUAAUGCCUCUUGAAAAUAUUCUGUAGUAACAGUUUUUAGUUAUAUUUAAUUUAAAAAAAUAAAAGCCUGAAAAAUGCAAAUGUUGUUUGGCUCCUAAUUUUUGCUCUUCCUAGGUUUUAGGCAAUUUUGUCAAGACCUAGGCUAGGAGGUUUCCAAGCCCACUGAGUGGAACAGGGAUUGCCAAAUCCCUUUUUAUGUCAAGUGAACUAUUACUUGUGCAUACCAGGAAACUGGGAUUGCCGUAUGACACACUACCUUGCUCCUAGCCCAUUUAUUUUAUAAAUAUUGAAGAGGACUGAUUAUACAAAGCAAAAAUCUUGUUAAAAUAUAAUUCCAUGCUUUGUGAGUAUCAUAAAAUGAAUAAUAAAGGGACCAUGUGGUGAAAACUGACUUGAAAGACAACCAUGAACAAAGUUCAGGGAUGCAGGGAUUGAACUGUGGCUACUCCUUUGGUUUAUAAGCAAACUUGAAAACAAGGAAAAGAAAAUUUAAAUCACCUACUCGCAGUCUAGUCACGGCAAGCUCUGUGCCUUGGCGUCUUCUGACUGGUCCUAUCAACGUGUGAUGCAGCUUCCACCAAAAUUAUGGCAUCUGUUGUUGCCAGAGAAUCCAUAAAGGUUAAAGCUAUUUUUGGAGCUCUAAGUGCAUUGAUAAUGAAGUACUGCAAUGUAGCCUCCAGUAUAAUGUGCAAAAUUCACUUUAUUAGUAUUAAAUAAACAUACAAAAACAGAGGGUCAGCAAGAUUGCAUUCCCAGACCCAACACGUUUUGUGUGUGUACAGACUUGUAACCCUACAGCUUUCCCCUUUACAAGCUGAAUAUUGCAUAUUAUCCUAGACUUACUGCAUGGCAUUGAGUAAUACUGAUACUAGUGUCAUACACAGCUCACCUCCCAGGUGGGAUGUGACAUACCUCAUCCUCCUGGUUAAAAUUGACUUGAAUGCCAGCUUAGCCAAUAUUUCUGCCCAACCGGGCCAGCUCCUGACCCCAACCCACACACCACCACCAACGCAGUAUCUGCAACAGAAUGAAGUAGGCUGCAACACUCCCUGGGAAAACUGACUGGGCUUGUUAAGCCUGAUGGCAACCUAAGAGACCAUUUUUCACACUAGAGACGAUUUGAGCUCUACCCCACGUGAGUAGGACUAUAGUAGACUCUGUUGUCGUACAUACCAUCUCUUCCUAGACGUAUCGCCUGUCAUCUGUCUCUUUUUCCCCACAUACGGAUCUAAAGACCAAUACUUCCCUACGUAUCCUACAAGCGUGGAUUGUACCGCUGUAUGCCAUCCACACUAGAGCUGGUUUAGCUCUACUACACGUGAGUAGGAUUUCGAUAGAUGUCUUCUUCCUGCAAUUCAAUACUUUGCAUCAGACAUAUUUGCACUAUUACUUGUUUCUCUCUUUACAUAUGGAUCCUGAAAGCCGCCUUCACUUGACCCAUAAAGAGAACAUUCCUCUACACAAGUCGCCAGUGCCCCAUAAGGCCCACCUUGAGACUUUGUUCUGGCACUAUUUAUUUGGACUUUGUAUAUUUUAGCUGGACCAUAGCCAGCUUUGGCGCAACCUUUUCCUAUAUUGAUCUCUUUGUGUUACUCAGUUCUGAUAUUGGGAAAUCACACACAUAUAUUUAUCUUGGAUUUUUCAUAGAAACCCCUUUUUAUCCUAUUUACGAAUAUUGAAUGGGAUACUUUGUGCCUUGUGGAUUCCAAGCUGCAAGUUUGUUUAUUUUAGUGAUAAAAUUUACUGGUUUUUGUUUUUGUUUUGUUUUUUUAGUUUAAAAUUUCUCGAAGCCCUGCUGGACAUCCCUUUUGUUAAAUGUUCCCUUACUUUUUAGGUUACAGUUAAGCUAUUAUUUGCAAUUGUUUUUUUUUUUUUUAUUUUGUUUUACUUCUUAUGUUCUUAUGUACCCAUCAACCCUCCCGACUUCAUUUUUGCUUCAGACCCUUAUUGACAUGCUAAUUCUUAACCUCUGCUCUUAUGUACCCAUCAACCCUCCCGACUUCAUCUCUGCUUCAUACCUUUGACAUGCUAAUUCUUAACCUCUGCCAUUCCACCUCUCCGAUCUAUCGCCACAUCAUUUGAAUACUUUGUUAUGUAAUUUCUAGAAUUGUUUUCCUUUUGUUUGUUUUCCUUUUUCGCAUUAUUCUUUUUCACCCUUAGAAGAAGCUUGUUUUUCCUCCUUCCAAACCAUGACCAUAAAAUCAUUCCUGUUCAUCAAUUCCCAUCUCAGAAGAGAUUCUAAAACUGAGAAUUGGCAAAAGCUUAGCAAUACCUCAGUUGCUUGCCCUUUGGUGAGUCUUUGUUCCGAUCUCCACAAUGUUUUUGCACACUUGUGCCAUUACAAAGAGAACCUGUGCCGUUACAAAGAGAACCUAUACCAUUUGCAUAUUAGACUGAUCCCACCCAUAAGGGCAGUACAGAACUGAAAUGCUAGCAAGUCCCCUCUGCACGAGAGAUUCAGCAACUUCAGACGAUUGUUUCGGCUUGCUUUGGGCCUUGUCUGCAAGAUGUAGUUGAUAUCAUCAUAAGGCCUUGUGGCACAAUAUAUUGUUGUUUUUUUUUUUUUUUUGUCAAAUACUUAUUUCUAUUCCUCGGUGACCCCUUUUGAAGGAGUUAUGGAAUUAACAUUUAUUACGACAACUUGGGACUCCGAAAUUCACGUCUUUGGAUCCAAGCAAUGAACAAAUAUAUGAAAUCCAUAUUUUGAAAAAAGAGGGGUGCAUUUGUGAUUGACCUGCUGCAAUUAACACCCCUCCCCCCUCAUUCUAUGACCCUGCGUUUGGUAUUUCUCUAGAUUUGCAAUAUUAGGUCGCCCUCACCUUUACGUAAAUAAAGCCUUAUUCGGUGAUUGUCCUAUAUUGGUAAUGCACUUCAUCCUGUGACAAAGUUAGGAUUUACUCUUUAUUAUUUCACACAGAAGAGGUGUAUUUAUUAUUAUUUUUUAUUUUUUUUCUUGUUUGGUGCGGGACGGAGUAACAGACUUGUUAUCUUUAUUCACUUGGUCGGAGAAUUUUGUUUGAUUGCACUUUCAUUCUGGUGGAUUGAAGCUACUUUUUCUGCACCUUCUUAUUGACCAACCCUCUGCUUAUUUGGCCCCCUCUUCAUGAUCCUCAAUGGAACAUGCCAAUACCGUUUUCUCACCAAUGCAUAUUCUAGCUUAUUCCGCACUGUAAAAGACUACGGAAAAUCAUUUACUACAAGGACUAUAAGUCCCUGGUGGAAACCACAAUGCUGUCUUUUUUAAUAGCCCACUACUUUUACAAAGUGAAGGGCCAUGGUAUGGAUCCAACUGCCUUCUCUUGGUGAUUUAGAAAAUUACCAGAGGUACUUACUUAAGAAGGGCUCUUAUGAAUUUGACACUAGAUUAGAAAAAUAGCUUUAAGCAUUUUAAGGAUCCCUUGCCAUCAGGAUGCUUAAAUCACCCUAUGUGGCUUAAAUGUGUUACAGCUUGGAUAUUAAGGUACAUUUUCUCCAUAUAUGGUGACCUGGUGCUCGGAGCACCUGAUUUCAAAACCUUGCUGCACAUUAAUUUGAUGUGUUCAAAUGGAUUGCCCUUCUUAAUAGAAAAUUCCUGUUGUACUAAUCUUUAAAGUCCUUGUGUGACGGGUUGAAUGUGCUUUGUGAAAAAUUUAAGGAAGGUUAGAACAGGUUAAUUGUAAACUUACUGAUGAUCACUUGGAUUUCAACCCUACCAAACCACUUUUACAUCAUACUACCAUUUACAAGAAAGCUGCAAAACUUACACUAUUGUCUGUGGUGAAGACAAUUCUUCUGUGUAAAUGGAUGGAUGGGUUUGGGAGGUGGAAGAGGUCUGUUUCAUGUAAAGCAGGGCUGUCCAACCUGCGGCCCCCCCAGAUGUUGCUGAACUACAACUCCCAUGAUUCCCUGGCUAUCUGUUUCAUUGAAAGAAUCAUGGGAGUUGUAGUUCGGCAACAUCUGGGGGGCCGCAGGUUGGACAGGCCUGAUGUAAAGCUUGCCAUCCCACUCUAAAGCAGCAAGAGUCAUUAUAAAUCCUGGAGUUUUUGGAUUAUGUUGCCUUUGAUAGGGUUAUUGACUAUACAGUUGUUUGGUUUUCCCCAGGACUAUGUAAUAGCGAGUAUAGUAUGCUUAUUUUAUAUAUAAUAAAAAUAUGGUGUGUUCUAUAGAGUCUUUUAUGUACCCAUGGCUUGAUGUGAUCUGCAUUUUGAUGUGAUUGUAUUACUGGUCCCAGUAUUAAAUUGGUUUAGUUCCUAUUACUUUACCCUUUAUGACAUUUGAUGUUUUCUAUGUUGCUAGCACUUGUUUUUCUCUUCACUCAACCUUUGACACUAGAGUCUGUUUUGUGUAGGUCUCAAAGACCAUAUGACAGUCAUUUAAAAAAAAAUAAUAAUAAUCUUGGUAAAAUCCAUGGCAAAGACCAAUACUAUGAACUUUCACAAAACCUGAUCACCUUGGCUUCGUACAAUUGUGACACAAUUACUGAUCUGGCUUGCACUGCUAGGAUUUUUUUGGCUUGACCUCGUGUAGUCUGUGGUAUGGCCAACCACAAGCUACACCCUUCUGAGGGUUUCCUACAUGACUCUACACAGCCUCCACUGACAUCUGGCAGAGCCACUUGCGACUUCUUGAACCCUUCUGUUUUGGAUUUAUAUUGCUUUCCUCUCUCCCUUCAAUUCUCUUUAAUCCAUGUUCAUCGCGCUAACCACCUUAUUCAAAUCUAACAUAACAUUUUAAAUAAAGGCAAACCUCAUGCCUACCUGUUCCUAUCAUUUUGUUGCUCCUUACUCCCUCCUUCCUUCCCCUGCAUGUUUUACUAUAUUUUAAAAUAUACACAGUUCUCGUAAAAAUGUUAAAGCGGCCCUGUCGAGACAUUUUCCCCCAUCCCUGUCUAUGCCUCACCCUAACCCCCAAACCCUCCCAACGAGAUUUAGUAGACUUGUAACUGGCGCUACUUAUUUCUUAUUUUCAUUCCUGACAGGUUUACAUUCAUGGUACCAACAUUUUAGCGCUUCCAAGAUGGUGGUUGCAGGAAAUCUCCAACCCUGCUGUCCCUAGGGCAUGCCUGAUAUUGCAAUGCUAACUGAAGUAAAACACUGGAAGUAGGGAUGUACAAUAUUGACAUUGAAUGUGGAGGCUGACUAAAGCUCCAACUUUUGUCAACUUGCAGGUUAUACAUAAGAAAAAGUAGCCCCUAUUUUUCUUAAGGUAUAACUUUUAAAAAGAUAACUUAAAAAUAAACAGCCUGGCUUAUGUGCUCUGGUAGAAUCGUUUAAAUAAAACAAAACAAAAAAUUAAAAAGAUGCUUUCUAAAUCAACACAAAACCAAAAAAUGUAUGUGAAAGUUGACCGGAGCAUUUAAAUGUCAAUCAUGGAUGGCACUCUUCCACCAGGCAAUCGCAAGUCUUCACAUAGCACAUCUCAGACAAAGUUGGCAUUGAUGUUUUCCCUUAACACUGUGCCAAAGAUGGCGAAAAUGACUAUUAUUUGAACCCCAGAUUUUUUUGGGUCCACCUAUAUUGCAAAGGUAUUACAUGGUAUUGAGAUUCUGCCACUCUUGUCCGUCAUGAGUACACCUCCGAUCUGUUACCCCCAAACGAUGUCUUCUAAUUUAGUUGUGUGUGUGUUUAUUUAUUUUUUUAUUGCUGUCAUCAGGUUUGACACUUCAUGCUCUUUGCUGAGGCACGUAAAGGAAAACGCUCACUGUUUUUGUAUUGGCCUCUUUCCUGAAUUUUAUAAGUUCAUGCUUAUUUUCUGUAGGUCUGUUUACCUUUUAUUGUUAUUUAUAAAAAUUGUGCAGAAAUUCUCUCUGCAACUUUCUAUCUCUAUCCAGAAUGUCAAACAUUGUGAAUUAUAUUGGAUUGGUAUCUGCCGUUACUGAUCCAAGGUCACUUAUACUUGGAUGUUCACUUACUUGUUCUUAAUUUUAGCUCUUGCUCUGUAAAUUUAAUCUCACACACAGGAGGCUCCUGCAAGGACUAGUAAGCUUUUAACUGAGCAAGAGAUAAUUAAAAAUUUAAAGAAAUUUGCAAUAAAGGAAGUGUAAACAUUCGCUCUGACAUUACAGGAAGUGUUUAGAAAGGCUGUGCAAGUCACAUGCAGGGAGGUGUGACUAGGGUUGAUUUAACUCCUAAAUGGCAGAGAACUGAGCAGUGAGACUGCUGGGAGAUGAUCUAUACACCAAAACUGUUUUUCUUUAAGAUAAAGUUGUUUUGGUGACUGUAAUGUCCCUUUUAAAGGGACACUAUAGGCCUCCGGACCACUUUAGCUCAUUGAAGUGGUCUUGGUGCAGUGUCCCUAUUGCACUUAUUGCUGCAAAGUAAAACAUUGCAGUACUAAGUCUGCCUCCAGUGGCUUUCUACCUUGCAGCACUGACAUUCAGUGACUCUAACCUCUGCAUGGAGACACUGAACUUUCCUCAUAAAAAUGCAUUGAUUCAAUGCAUCGCUAAGAGGUGAUGCUGAUUGGCCAGGGUAAUGUUUGGCAGACCCCAGCCCGCCUUCUUGGUUGAGAUCACUUAUGAUGAUGUCCGCCAAGGAGGCAGAUCAGGGUCAGAGCCAACACCAGCAGUCUGGAAUAAAGGUAAGCUUUUACUAUAUUUAGGGGGCAAGGGAGAGGCGGGGGAGAUGGGGCGGGAUUAGAUAGUAAUUGUAACAGUAUAGUGUCUGGAAUACGUGUUUGUGAUCCUGACCCUAUAGUGUUCCUUUAAUGUGCUCCCUUUGUAUAGAAGUCCGUAGUACUUGAUAUCGUUUUAGCUUUGCGUACUAUAAAAGAAAAUAUAUUUUUAUGUGGUGGGUUUUGUAUAGAUGUAUAAAAGUCAAGGCUGACAUGUUCAAUUCUUUCUAUACAUAUUUUUUUCUUUUCUUUUCAAGAUUUACUAGAGAUAUUUUUCCCAGUAAAGAUGUUGUACAGGAUGAGUUUGAUGAGCGGGUGGUGUGUCUAGAUAAAUGUAAGUACUGACUUUUUACAUGCUUAUACAUAGCUUAACUAACAAUGGGGCAAAUUUGCCUUCAGGUAAUAUAUAUCCUAUUUUUCUUUCUACUGUCAGUUACUUGUGACCUGCAAUUCAAGAUGGAUACAGACCGGUUUGGGGGGCGCCCGCUCUUAAAUUACACAUUUCCCUCUUUGUGGUCUGGGUCUAGAGCCACUCAAGGAGUGACAAAUGGGAAGGCAUACUUUGAAAUAAAGGUAAGUCUAUUAUACACCAUUCCCUUUCUUUUGUCAAUCUAUUUUUUAUUUUCCAGAAGGCCAAAAAUAAAGGUUGUGUAGUGGUCACGAUGCCAGGAUUGCCAUUGCACCCUCCUAGAGUAAUCUAUCAAACCAAUUUAGAAUGAUUUGAUAACCUACCUAGGUAUCCAGCUGCCUUUGCCAUAUCUGGUCUUCUCCUGCAGGGGAAUUCAGAUGUCUUCAGUGAGAUAGGCAGGUCUGAUACAGGACUUGAGCCCAUUGGCUCAGAGUGCUCUGCUGUCUCAGCCAAUUAGCUUGGCCUGCUUUGCUUAGUUGAGCAGAGCUGUGGUCAGAGUGGAAUAGAAUGGAAAAUUGCUUAAACUGUUUUGGUUAUGGUGCUUGGCGUAAAAACUACAAUUUCUCUUUUUUUUUUUUUUUUUUCUUCUUGGAGUUACAUAUUUAGUUUAACACCAUUUUUUUACUGACUGUACCAGGAUGACAACACAGAUGUUUACAAGUGCUUAACUUAUAAAACGAUAGUGUUGCACUAGAAUCACAUGCAGUAAGUUAUUUUAUUUUACCCCUAAUAAAACGUAGUGUAAGAAGUGAAAAUGUAUUUGAAAGAAACAUACAGUGCAGAUCGUACUGAACAAGUGCAAUCUGCUGGAUAAUUUAGUUAAUAAACUCACAUUUAUUAGAGCCCAAAUUAUAGGGCUCAAUCAUUUUGCAGAUGUGCUCUUGAGGCAGGAGCCGACCUCCUUUUACUGCUAAUAUUUCUCACUAUACAACCAAGCAUUCUGCUCUCAGAAAAAAACUGAAAUAUAGAUAGAAUAUAAUAGUGUAUGUCCACAUGGAGAUGUUUAAAGUGAUGUGAUUAAAAAAAGAAAAAGAAAAAAAACUCUCACCUUUUCUAGAGACCCAUAAAUCUGACUCUAAGGUACAAAUGCCUAGUGUCAGAUUGCGGGAUGACACUCCCCGACCAAUGGUCUGGAACAGUAGGACAACCAGCGGUCCUAAAGGCAAUUAUUUAUUAACACUACUUAAAACAACAAACAUUAAAAGCUAUUUAAACAACAAACAAAUAAUAAGUGCAUUUAUCAAGUUAUGGUAAUUCAGUCUUGCCAAGAUGCGUUUCACUGGAUAUAGCUUUCUCAGUUGGCAAUGAUAAAGUCCAGGUCCAAGUGUCUCUAUUUAAAUGAUCGUGCCUAAUUGGUUAUUGUGAUCACAUGGUGUGGUGUAACCAAUGAAAGUUCAUAUGGGCAUCCUGCCCUCACUUUUUGCUUCCGGACCUUUGCCUCUAAUAUCAAUUCUAGUGGCCGAAAGUGAUGCCAUUUGCCCUGCGCGGCAGCCAAGGUUGAUAUAUAUUGUUGGACAAUAAACCAGAAAAAUAACCAAAAAGUGCUUCACGUGAAAUAAAUAACAGCUCUACACAAAAGUGUGGGAUACCCUCUUUCCCACACACUGCAAACAAACAUACACCUUCUCGUUGUCUAAAAAAAGUACACGUAUAGUGAAGCGCUAAAGUGCAGUAACAAUAGGGGGGUGACUUUCCUCACAUAUAUAAACCGAUAUACUGGGUGGUGUAUCCAGUACAUAAAAAAAGAAAUUAAAAAAACAAACAAUAGAUGGUAGAGCCUAUAUAAUUUGGAUCCAUAAAAAUCGCAGUUAUGCUUUUAAGGCAGAAUCACACCUCUCCUUCAAUGCACAGUAUCUUCCCAAGAAGGAAAAAAGAACAGGACUGCCAAUGUGUAAAAUAACCAAUAUAAAAUUGAUAAAAUGUAAAGGCAGGUAUUGAGCUCACCUUUUUCAGAGCUUAAGUCCUGGCUCUGAGAUAUGUAGUGCCACUAUAAAGGGGAUGGCACUUUACCCGAAGAAGGUUCCUGAGGCUGUAGAGGACUCUUAAAAUACUAUAGUAAUUUAUUAACAAAAAAAUAUUAAAACUGUAACUGUCUACACAUGUUGCUUUUAUACAUAAUAUUACUACAAUAUAGUAUUUGCGUUGAAGGAGAUGUGUGAUGUUGCCCUAAAAGCAUAACUGCGAUCUUUACGGAGCUAAUUUAUAUAGGCUUCACCACAUGUGAGUGAUUUGACUACUCCGGGGUUAUACUCUGCAAUAGCAACUGCCAUCUGCACUAUAUAAUGGGUUUUUUUUUGUUUGUUUUUUUAUGUAUUGGAUACAUCCCCUGGUAUAUCUGUUUAUAGUUAUCCCUAUUGUUACUUCACUUUAGCGCUCCACUAUAGGUGUAAUUUUUCUUAUACUACCAGAAGGUGUGUUAUGUAUAUUGUUGACCUCGGUACCUGGAAAUUACGUAUCACUACUAUCGAAACAUCAUAAUAUGUGUUUGACACAAGUUAUACAUUUUUAUUCAUUAAAGAAACGAUCCAUAAUACCUAGAGCACAUGAGCUUUUUUAUAAAACAAGGUUGCACUCUCAAAACUGUGAGACAAGUUGAAGCAUAAAGCGAAAAGCUAUGUUCUGCGUCCCAGUGCUACCUUAUGUGAAACAAGACAACCGGCUAAUCUAUACAUAUUGAAAAAUCAUAUGACCAGAAAUUUUUGUUUUUAUUAGUGGAAUACUAAGGACCACUUUUUCAGACAACAAUCAUUUGUAGUGACAUAUUACAACAUUAGAUUUAUAGCUGCUUACCUUUAAUAUGGUUUCCAUCUUUUGAAGGGAAUAUAUUCUUAUUUACAUUGCAAAAAAAACCAAAUGUAUUCAUGUUUAUGGUUUGAGAUGGCUAUUCUGUAACUAUUAUGCUAAAGAGUUUAUCUUUUGCUGAAGAGAUCUGGUGAGUGACUUAUAUAGUAUGAUAUGAGUUGCAUAAACACUGAUAGAAUCUGAAGUUUGUCUGUUUGUUGUUCAUGGAUGGCACAUGCUUGCUUGUCCUGAUCUUUCCUGUCAUCCUAAUGGCUAACAAAACCUCUUGUUUAUUUCCACAUUAGAGAACUGUGAAUCUUCCACUAAAAGAUGGUUUUUCCGAAUUCCCAUUGCUACGUGUUGGAUGGUCUGUUGGCCAGUCGGGACCUCAGUUAGGUAAUUUCAUGGAUUGAGGUCACCCAUGUUAUGUUGUUGCACAUGAGAGCCCAUGAAGGAGCAAUUACAUGAGAUUGAUGUUCAUUCUAUAGGAUAGGUAGAACUCCCAUUCCUCCAAGAAGGUUGAACCUUUUUAUUUUUUUAUGCUUUGGCGUUACAUACAUUCUGUAUAUCUAAAGUUGGGCUUUGGGAAGUAGAAACCAGCUACUGGUACUUUUCAGUCAUAACACAUGAUUUGGUACAAAAAACAAAAUCUCUAUUUAACACAGUGCUCCAUUGUUAAGGGUAUCUGCUGGAAAGCAGGAUUAAGUCAGAAACAGUGGUGACAGUCUUCUCAUUUGCAUGUUUAUCUGGGAAUUGUGGGAUAAUUGUGGAAAAUGAUUUCUUGUAAUAUAUACGCCCAAUGCAGACUUCCCAAUGUCUAGUUUGAUAUAUACGGGUCUUGCAGUGUAGUAAUUUUUCUAUCUGCAUCUAAUUGUGAUAAGUGUUAUCAUAUUUGCUUUCUUUGCUUUCACCAAAAAUUUGCACAUAUACACUGCUGUAUCUACAUCUAUCCUGGAGCUCCAUCCUCCAUCUUGGAUCCCUGUCAUGCAUAGUUAUGUUGUUUUUUUUUUUUUAGCAUGUACAAUAUGUGCCCUGGGUGUGCCUGUACUCAACUGGAUUGUGAUAUCAAUUGCCAAAUCUUUAUUGUUCAUUUUCAAGAAAACAGUGCAUCACACAAAGGGGGAAAAAAAGCAUUGAUGCAAUUUGUGUGGCUUUUAAUGUUUUAAUCAGUGAUUUAAUAGAGGUGACCAUUACACUUUAGUCCUGGGAUCACAUCUUUAUUCUAGUAAGUCAGGGGAAUCUUGCUGGAGAGUUGGUGCAUUCACUAUAGUAAAUAGGAGUUGUUAGGUUUUUAGCAUUGUGGUUGAGUGGAGAAGGCAGUCUCUACUUUCCGGGUGAGGGUAAAAGGGAAAAGUCCUCAGAUGUGGACAAACCUACCGAUAUAAAGUGUAGUAUGUCAGAUAUUGGUUGAAUAUAAAAAGAGAAGAUAUAUUUACAGUGUAUAGAAAGGCCGUUAAAGGACCACUAUAGUGCCAGGAAAACAUACUCGUUUUCGGGCUGGAUGGAGAGGAAGGGGUUAAACUUAACUCUUUCUCCAGCGCCGGGCGGCGCUCUCCUCCUCCUCGGCUGAAUGCGCAUGCGCGGCAGGAGCUGCGCGCGCAUUCAGCCAGUCCAUGAGAAGCAUUCACAAUGCUUUCCUAUGGACGCUGGCGUCUUCUCACUGUGAAAAUCACAGUGAGAAGCACGGAAGCCCUCUAGCGGCUGUCAAUGAGACAGCCACUAGAGGCUGGAUUAACCCUAUUAUAAACAUAGCAGUUUCUCUGAAACUGCUAUGUUUAUAAAAAAAAAAAAAGGGUUAACCCUAGAAGGACCUGGCACCCAGACCACUUCAUUAAGCUGAAGUGGUCUCGGUGCCUAUAGUGGUCCUUUAAGUAAACUUGUCAUAAUAAGCUCAUGUAAAACGAAAACUUUUCCUUAUGCACUAUUUAGGUAUAGUGAGAAAUCUUUGGGAACACUUGCCUAACUCUAACAUGCUGGCUUCAUUGCCAGCUAAGUGGCAUCCAAAUAGAGCUGUGAAUCUUCUGAUAUUCCUCAAAGCAUGAGAUGUGCUCAUCAGUUGGACAAACACAGCAACUAUGUUAUGUUAUCACAGUGACCGAAAGCAGAGGAACCAUCUGUAGGAGGGUUCUCCUGCUCUCAUUUCACUCAGUUCCUGGCAUAGUUGCUGUGCCAGAUUGACAGAUUCACUUUGUUGUCCUGGACCCUUAGUUAUACAUAUCAAAGGGCAGCAUAUAAAGAAUGUUCUGCUGUGUAUUGAUCUCAAAUGCCACAGGUAGCAAAUUGGUGCAUUAAUCAAACCGGAUUCCUACAGUACAUGAUAGCAUCUCACUACAGCGAGUUCGAUGUAAUAUCUGUGGACAGUCACCACACAGCAUAGAAUUAUCACUAUACAAUUUCUACCUUUCUAUUUUUAUCUCCCUCUGUAGGGGAGGAUGACCUGUCUUUUGCUUAUGACAGCCGAGGCUUCAAGGCUACCAAUUCACAUUUUGAAAUUUAUGGGAAAACCUUUAGAGAGUACGAUGUGAUUGGCUGCUAUGCUGUAAGUUAUCCCUCUCGAAAUUCAAAAGAUAAAGGUUUUUUUAUGUAAUGUAGGUGUGAGAGUGUAUGUUUUUGUAUAUAAAAAUGAGUAUCCGAUUUAGAGACCUGCUGCAUAAUUUCAGUUUCAGCAAUUUGUGACCACUGUAAUUUUUUUAAAGAUGUAACUAUAUUCUAUUUCUUUGGCAGGACUUGGAAGGUGCUGAAAUAAAGCUAUCAUUUUCCAAAAAUGGAGUAGACCUUGGUCAGGCCUUUGUUUUGGAAAAGAGUUCUCUUGGAGACAAAGCACUUAUACCCCAUGUGAUAUGCAAAGGCUGUGAAUUUCAGGUUAACUUUGGACAGAAGCUUCAACCAUGGCAUCAGCCACGUAGUGGAUUCAAAUAUCUGCAAGACAUGACGUCACAGGAGCUGAGACGAACAUCCCCUGUGCCAAAAUCGAUAGAGGAAUGUGAGGUAUGUCACAAAGUGGUAUGAAAAUGAGAUUGUUAUAUUACACUAAAAAGAUGGCUGAACUCAAAAUCCUAAUUUCCCACGGGACUAAUGGUGCUCACCUCAAAGGACCCUUUCCUGGUUAGGGAAACUUCUUAUAUGGAGACCCUGCUUUAUUAACUGCAAUUCCCAUCAGUACAUAUGCUAUGGCCGUAUCUGCUGACCUUCUACUCAUGUGUGUCCAGGGUACCCUUGACAACUCCACUACACCUUCUACUACACCAGAACUGCCAACAGGUCAAUAGUGCUUCCAAGUAGAAAUAAAGAGCCUGGGGGAAGGUGACAGAGGAUAUGUACCCUUGAGCAGAGGGCUCUGCCCAUUAUAUUUAUUUUUCUCAUUUAUAUAGGUUCAGUAUUGCGUUUCUUACUUUUGAAUUGUAAGGUGCAACUAGUAAUCACAGCAUCAUCAUCUGUUGGAGACUAUAUAUGGUGACAUUGUGGUCUUCAGGGGAGAUUUGGAGGACCGUUAUCCCGAUUAGGCUAAACUAGAUAAAUAUUGGAUUGGUCUGUUAGAUAACACAAUUUGGUUUUGUUUCCGCAAGGAAAAAAAGAAGAAAAAAAAAACUUGUAUGCAAAAAGUCUUACACUAGUAUAACAGAACACAGGAAGACUGAGAUUAAAGGGUUGGAUGGUACAAGAUCUACACCACACAACUAGGUUAUUUAAGAUAGACCAGAGAAACCUAUAGGUAUUGUAGUGAUCCACUUCUUUCCCCGGAUAGAUCCGCAUGGGGCUUUCUGUGACCAACUUUCCCCGCUUCAGCUACAGCGUUAUAGGCCCUUAGGCCAACACCGAUUUGCAAAACUAAUGUCAUACUAUGUGGUUUUCAAGCCUGGAGAGGGACACUUAUGUUCUGGCAGAGUAGGGCUCUUGGAGUCCCUUGAAGGGCCAUUGUUGGACUGGUAGCGGGUUUGUCCGAGCUCAGCUAGACUCACUAAGGAGAUACUGGUCUCCUCCACUAACCCCCGUUGGCCUUGGUGUUUUGAGACAGGUGGUUGAGAUUUCUAGGCUUGAUUUAGGCUCAGUCACUAUCACUCCCCUACACUCUUCUAACCAAGGAGAUUGACAGUGACUGUUGUACUUUUUUUUUUUUUUGGUACUCCCCAGUCAAUUCCCUGAUUGUUUGGUCAUACCACGCAAGGGACCUGACAUGCAUGGAGUCUGGCACAAGGUUCGUGUCUCUACUCUUUACUUCAAUCACAAACCCCCACAGAGUUCCCGCUGUCCAUAAGUAUAUGGGAGAAAUUUGCUGGGAAAACGAUGUGCGAUCUGACGCACUAUUGCUCAGUUUCCAGUAAGGCUAAGGAAGCCGCUUAUAAUCUUCUGACCUGCUGAUGCCAGACACCACGAUACAAUAUUAAAAAAUGUAUCCCACAAAUUUGGGGUUUUGAUGCACAGAGGAGGUGGGGACAUUCCUUCACAUAUGGUGGGAAUGUACACUGAUUCAGCCAUACUGGAGUACCAUUCAUAUCAUGCUUACCAAAUUUUCAGAUGAUCCACCUAUUUUUAAGGCGGCUGGAGGCUACUGCAUCACACUACAGUAACGAAGGCAAGGUCACGAUCACAAUCCGCAUACUGAAUGUAGCUAAGCAGAUUAUACCUCAGUUCUGCAAAACAAUCAAUCAGUCCACUACUAAAAGUCUAGUUCACACAAAUGGAAGUGUUAUGCUCAACAGAGGAAUUCUAUUUUGGAGCCACUGAGAAGAUAAAUGUGUACUUAAAGGACCACUAUAUUGCCAGGAAAACAAACUUGUUUUCCUGGCACUAUAGGGUCUUUAGGUCCCGUCCCCCCCCCCACCUUCAGGGUCCCACUCCCGCCGGGCUGGGGAGGAAGGGGUUAAUCACUUAUCUUUCUCCAGCGCAGGGGAUCUCUCUUCCGACGUCGGCGCUGAAUGCGCAUGUGCAGCAAGAGCCGCGCGCAUUCAAUCAGUCAAUAGGAAAGCAUUUCCCAAUGCUUUACUAUGGACGUCUGCGGCUUCUCACUGUGAUUUUCACAGUGAGAAGCGCCUCUAGCGGCUGCCCAUGAGACAGCCACUAGAGGCUGGAUUAACCCUAAUGUAAACAUAGUAGUUUCUCUGAAACUGCUAUGUUUACAGCUGCAGGGUUAACCCUAGAUGGACCUAGCACCCAGACCAUUUCAUUGAGCUGAAAUCUCGGUGCCUAUAGUGGUCCUUUAACAAUUUGGUCAUGCUGGUUACUGACCACCUCUAAAGAGGACUUCCAGACGAGGCUGAGUUGAGGACAGCUGACUCUAAAUAUAUAGAGGCAGACAGGUAAAGGACAAGAUAUCACUUUCAUACCAACAUAGAACAGGUGCUCUGGCAGGGGGCCUGGGUAUGCGGUACUACUGCCAUUGGUGUGGUCAGUUUAAUCAUGGCCUUAUCUCCUGUAUCAUGCCUAUUGUGGGGCAGUGGACUUGCUUGUGGAAUGUUUUGAACCCAGGCAAACAUAAAUAAUUUUGAAGUAAACGUUGUACGUUUUGUGUUUCUGAUUUCUUUAAAACUAAACAGUCAUGUUGCAUCUGCAAGUUUCUUUGCACAACAAAUGUCAACUACAUGUAUAAAAGAGACUUUUGUUGGAAAAACAAAAUGAAGAUCAACAAACAUUAAUUUCCCAAAAGAUUAAUCAUUUUGUUUCAUUUAUUCUUAUCAGUUACUGAUGAUGGUUGGGCUUCCUGGUGCAGGAAAGACAACUUGGGUUCAAAAACACAUGCAAGAAAACCCAGAUAAGAAUUAUAUACACCUUUGUAUAGACCGACUUAUACCACAAUUGAAGGUAUGAAGCAUGGAGUAUGGAAUAGGUAUAGGACAACAUGUGAUAUGCAUACAGUCUCACUUCUCAUUUCUAUACAGACUGCUGGACCUGAGCCUUUUGAGGAGAACUCCAAAACCAGGGAUCGUUUGAUAAAGGUGGCCACACAAUGUCUAAACCGUCUCAUAGCAAUUGCUGGCCACCGAAGAGGAAAUUAUAUACUUGAUCAGGUGAAAAUAUUUCUGUUCAUUUCCCCUACCCCACUGUUUUUUUUUUAAUUUAAAUUUUUUUUAUCGUAACCACAGCUGGUUUCCCUAUUUACCACUAUAAGGUCUCUUAAAGCAUAUAGUUUACCAGGGCUUACUGUACAGGGGUGCUCGGGUGGGUUUUGGGGGGGCUAGGGGUCCUGUGGGGGGUGAGGGGGAGGCUAGGGGUGCUCUGGGGGGGAAGAUACAUUUAAAAAAAAAAGGGGAGGGGAAAGGUAUAUUAAAUCUGUACCCCUCCCUUCUUCUUACCUUUGGUGAAGGGGGGGUGGGGGGGACACUGCCAUCCCUGGUGGUCCGGUGGUGGUAAGUGUGACCGGGAAGCAGCUCUCCUGUCCUCCCGCACGAUGCUGUGUGGAGCGUUGCCAUGGGAACGCGCGGCAACACUCCACACAGAUUGCUCGCGGGAGGACAGGACAGCUGCUUCCGAGAUCCCUCUCCCUGCUUCCGGUCCUCUCAACAAGAAAGCAGAGUAGGCAUCUGCCGUUUUGGGAAGAUAGGUGCUUACUCUGCAUUGAUGGCCGCGUGCCCACAGAGGGCCCGGCGUGCCACAGGUUCGCCAUCACUGAUAUAGGCAAUGCCUUGACUUGGUGUCACACUAACCUAGGAUUAGAUGGCAUCUUAAAUCUAAACAUCAUAUUCACUGACUCUUGGUAAGUGAUCAUUUAGUAAAGAAACAUUGUAUGAGAACCAAUAUGUUCCACUUCUAGUAACUUCUCCCUUUGCAAUAUCUCUUAAAGACAAAGUACACCGUUUAAGAAAUACAACUUUUUAUUCUAAGAACUUGUGAUAUUUUCAUAUGCCCAUAACACUAACCUUUGUCAUUCUUCACUUUAUUUAUUCCUUCUUCAGUGCACAGUAUAUGAAGGUGCUCAAAAAAGAAAGCUGAAGUGGUUUCCUCAUUUCAUCCGUAAAGCCAUUCUGGUGGUCCCUAAAGAAGAAGAAUGGAAGAGGAGACUGGCAUUACGCAAAGAGGAGGGAGAGAUCUAUCCAGAGCCUAUCCUUUUAGACAUGAGAGGUAACAAAAUACUACGAACAGAAAUGUUAUUCUCUAGUAAUCAUUAUUGUCCCACAUUCAUUUAUAUCCUAAACAUUCUAAUACCCCAGUGCCCCCUCCUGCUCUUUUCCCACUAUAGGUAUAAUUACCUGACAUCUAAUAUUUUAGUGCCCCCAUAUUCUGGUUUCCAAGCAAGGCAUUAAAGGAUCACUAUAAGAUCAGGAACACAAACAUGUAUUCCUGACCCUAUAGUGUUAAAACCACCAUCAAGCCCCCCUGGGCCCGUAAUGCCUCCAUAAAUAUAGCAAAAUCUUACUGUAUUCAAGCCUGAAGCUGUAGAUCUGCAUGCUGUUUGCCUCAAAAAAACAAGCAGUCUGCUGACAUCAUCAGAAGUGGUAGCCUGAUCCAAUCACAGUGCUUCCCCAUAGGAUUGGCUGAGACUAACAAAGAGGCAGUUCAGGGGCAGAGCCAGCAUGAUUCAAACACAGCCCGGGCCAAUCAGCAUCUCCUCAUAGAGAUGAAUUGAAUCAAUGCAUCUCUGAGGAAAGUUAUGUGUCUGCAUGCAGAGGGAGGGGAUACUAAAUGUUUGAAUGCAUUUUAGGCAGCCAUGACCCAGGAAGGAUCUCUAACAGCCAUCUGAGGAGUGGCCAGUGAAGUUAUCACUAGGCUUUAAUGUAAACACUGCAUUUUCUCUGAAAAGACAGUGUUUACAGCAAAAAACCUGAAGGUAAUGAUUCUACUUACCAGAACAAAUUCAAUAAGCUGUAGUUGUUCUGGUGACUAUAGUGUCCCUUUAAGCAUUUUUAUACAUCUCAUUGGGAUUGGGAGGGACAAAAGGGGAUGAGACACAUGGAGGGACGGGAGGGGGGAUUGAGACACAUGGAGGGAUGGGGUGAUGGGGGGAUUGAGACACAAAUGGGGGGGACUGGGGGAUUAUUAUGUUAUUAUUGAUAUAGCGUCAACAAAUUCCGCAGCGCUGUACAAUGGGUGGACGAACAGACAUGUAGUUGUAACCAGACAAGUUGGACCCACAGGAACAAAGAGGUUGAGGGUCCUGCUCAAUGAGCUUACAUGCUAGAGGGAGUGGGGUAAAGUGACAUAAAAUUAAACACACAUAUGGGGGGGCUGGGGGAAUGAGACACACAUAUGGGGGGCCUGGGGUAAUGAGACACACAUAUGGGGGGGUGGCGGGGAAUGAGAGACACAUAUGGGGAGUGGGGGGAACACACAAAGUGACAGAGGUGCUAUGGGAGAAAAAGACACACACGGGCUAGGGCAAGGAGCCACAGAGUGGCUGGAAAAGGGGCAGAAGAGACAGACCUGGGCUGGGGACACACACAGAGACACAGAGGAGCUGGGGAAGGAGCAAAAGAGACAAGAGGCUUUGGCUAAAAUCUACUGGAAGUUUAGUCGACUAAAACUAAAAUAUUGCAGAUGACUAAAAUACGACUAAAACUAAAAUGGCUUUUUAGUCAAAAGACUGACUAAAACUAAAUUGAAAUUUGCCGCCAAAAUUAAAGGACCACUAUAGUGCCAGGAAAACAUACUAGUUUUCCUUGCACUAUAGUGCCCUCAGGGUCCCCCUCCCGCUGGGCUCUGGGCAGAGGAAAGGGUUAGAAUCUUAGAAACCUUUCUCCUUCGCCGGGUGGGGAGCUCUCCUCCUCCUCUCCUCCUCCAUAGCGACGUCAUCGGCUGAAUGCGCAUUCAGCCAGUCCAUAGGAAAGCAUUCACAAUGCUUUCCUAUGGACACUGGGGUCUUCUCACUGUGAAAAUCACAUUGAGAAGCACGCAAGCGCCUCUAGCGGCUGUCAAAAGACAGCCACUGGCGGCUGGAUUAACCAUAUUAUAAACAUAGCAGUUUCUCUGAAACUGCUAUGUUUAUUUAAAAAAAAAAAAAGGGUUAACCCUAGCUGGACCGAUAAACCCGUUUUGGCUUCCCAAUCAUCUGUAUAAUCUACGGAAGCACAAUUAAUAACUUCACUAUGUACUAUAUACAGGUAAGAGGUGACUUAGGCUUUCAUACCAACAUAGAACAGGUGCUCUGGCAGGGGGCCAGAGCACCCUGAAGUGCUGAAGUGGUCUGGGUGCCUAUAGUAGUCCUUUAACACUGCUUCAGAUCCGUAACUGUUGGAAGCUUGGUAUUUCACAGAACAUUCAGAUCAUGCAGUUGUUUGUAUGCAAGUCCAAUGGUAAAUUGUAUCAACAGCAAACAUGGUUCCUUGUGGCUAUUUUUGUCUCUUCAGAUUGCUUGUAGUUUGCCUUCCUAGCCAAUGGACUCUUCCACAUUUUCUUGAAUGUUUCAUUGAACGAUUUGCAUUAUUCCACAGUUUCUUGAAGUUGUGGGCAACAUUUUAAUCUUACAAAAUCUAGAGUAUGCAUCCCACUUUAUGUUCUAGUAGCAGAACAAUGGCUAUGCCUGACAGCAAAUGGGAAAAUAAUGUAAAUACCCCCUUUGCCUUGAGAACUGUCUCGUAUUUCCAUUAGACCAUAUUUGUUUUAGGGCUGCUUAGACAAGGUAAUGUGUCUGUUCUGUGGGUUUGGAUAAAAGCAGCUUCUCUGUGUCUGUCCUGUUCUAAAACCCAACUUGUUUUUGUUGAUAUUGUCACAAAAGAUUAUUUCAUUUUCUUUUUAAACUGUUAGACUGUUUUUUUUGCCCUUUGCUGUGAUGCAUUUGUUGAUCAAUAAGGAUAAGAUCUUUCACUUAAGCCUACUUUCCAGCUUACCAGAUACAAUGUGCCUAUAACAGUGUUUGUGAUUACUUAUUUAUAUUUGCUUGUUGGCAAUUGGUCUAAUGUGACAGACCAAUUUUUAAUUUAAGAAAUAAACUUUUCUGUGAAUAUUAACUACCAGGAGAUGGUGAGACUAUCUAUAUUCUCCACAUGAGUGUACCAAGUAUAAGUAUUAUAGUUUAAAGUUUAUGUAUAUUUGAAUGUUGUAUUUGUUAAUUUUUAGACAGUGCACUUCGGAACCUCUCCAGUUACACAUGUUGUGUCUUUUAACCAUAUACAGAAUUAUCAAGUAUUUAAAAAAUGUUCUGUUUAACUUUAACCCCUAUAUUUAACAAAUGAUGUCUUAUGUGACUUGCUGUAUAUAACUCUAUCCUAGAACGGAGUGCCUCCAUCUUUUCUCCUUAUUGAUCAAUGCUGAAUGCUCUGCCUUGACAUGCUCCUAUUUUCCUUAUGCUGUCAGAUGCAAUGUCGGCUUUUAAAGACUGUUUUUCUUCUUUGGCCUCUUUGUGCUUUUCUCCAGCUCAUUUCAGUAUCCCAAAGAAGAAGAUAUUACAUGUGAGCAUGGUCAUUCAUUCUGAGCUCAGUCAUGGAGAAUCUGCAACAGUGAUCUGGAAUCUCAAGAAAGAAGCAUAUGAAAAGCUGGGUCUGUUUACCAAAUAGGACUUUUUUUAUUUUGGUUUGUUUUUUUAUUUAGUUUUUUUUUUUCUGUGUUACAAAAUACUGCCCCUCAGUUUUUGAUAAUUGAAAUGUUAAUCCUUUCAUGUAUUACAAUGUAGAUAAACAGCAUGCAAGAUGCCCAUUGUUUACCGUUUCCAUGUGUUUUAUAUGAAUCCAACAGAGAGGUCUCCAUUCUAAAACCUCACAAUAAUACAUCAUAUCAUUCCCUGUAAACAUGUCCUUCUCCCCGUUCUGCUUCUCCCUCACCCUUUCGCUGUAAAAAAAAAAAAAAAAAAAAACACCUGCUAACUAUUAUACUCGCACUUCAGUUUCACCUGGAACUCAGCUGUGUCUCAUCAUCCAUUGGGUCAAGCUUGUUGGGUAGGUGGGCAUGCACCUAUCGCACUAAAAACAAACUAUGAUAUGGAACGUAGCUCCUCCAUAAUUUGUAACCAUAAGUUAAGUGGUGGGGCCAUUGGUUUCUCCCUUAUAAUGGAAUAAGACCUUUGUGCAUGUUCAAUGUAUGAAUAGUCACAGACUAUUCAAUCACCGAUGUACCGAUACUCCGUUUAGUAAAUAAAGAAUUUGAUAAAGCCAAGGGUUACAAUGUAGGUUCCAUUAUUUACUUAAUCAAGAGAAGUCUCCGCAUUAAAUCUCUGAUCAUGUUAUUAAUGCAUCUGUGUUUGUUGCUGUUAUUUUAGGUAACAUUCACAUUGUAUGUGUAUGACCCAGGUAUAUUCGUCCUUUAAUAAAGGACAGUCCAUGCACCAUAACCACCACAGUGUAUUUUUAUGGUUACAAGGAGUUGUCCUUACAAAUGUCACUUUUAAAUCCUUGCUGUACUUUCUCAAUAUCUUUCAGAGUGCCAGCUCUGUAUCACCUGUAUCAUCUGUACAGGUCAUGGAUGGCAACAAGGAGACUUCUUACCUUAAGGAGGUUUUAGAACAGAUUGACUUCUUACCUGGGUUCUGCUUAGUGCUGCUCCCUGCCUCCUCUACAGCUCAGCAAGACCCGGACGCUCCUGCUCAGAAUCUUCCAGUAGCUCUACUGAGUUAAAGUGACACUAUAGUCACCAAAACAACUUUAGCUAAAUGGUUUUGGUGUGUAGAUCAUGCCCCUGCAGUAUAACUGCUCAAUUCUCUGCCAUUUAGGAGUUAAAUCCCUUUGUUUAUGAACCCUAGUCACACCUCCCUGCAUGUGACUUGCACAGCCUUCAUAAACCCUUCCUGUAAAGAGUAAUCUAAUGUUUAUCCUUCCUUUAUUGCAAGUUCUGUAUAAUUUAGAUUUUCUUUUCCCCAUGUUAAUAGCUUGGUAGACCCUGCAAGAGCAUCCUGUAUGUGAUUAAAAUGCAAUUUACAGAGCAAGAGAUAAAAUUGUUUAAAGGACCACUAUAGUGCCAGGAAAACAUACUCGUUUUCCUGGCACUAUAGUGCCCUGAGGGUGCCCCCACCCUCAGGGACCCCCUCCCGCCCUGCUCUGGAAGGGGGAAAGGGUUAAAAACGUACCUUUUUCCAGCGCUGGGCGGAGAGCUCUCCUCCUCCUGGGCUGAAUGCGCACGCGCGGCAAGAGCUGCGCGCGCACUCAGCCCGUCGCAUAGGAAAGCAUUUACAAUGCUUUCCUAUGGACGCUUGCGUGCUCUCACUGUGAAGGCUGUGAAGGCUGUGAAACUGCUAUGUUUAUAAAAAAAUGGGUUAACCCUAGAAGGACCUGGCACCCAGACCACUUCAUUAAGCUGAAGUGGUCUGGGUGCCUAGAGUGGUCCUUUAAGGUAAAUUACAUCUGAUUGAAAAUGAAACUAGUUUGUUUUUUUUUGUCAAUCAGAGCCAGGGGAGGUGUGGCAUGGGCUGCAUAAACAGAAACAGAGUGAUUUAAAUCCUAAAUGGCAGUGAAUUGAGCAGUGAAACCUGAGAGGCAUGAUCUAUACACUAAAACUGCUUCAUUAAGCUAAAGUUGUUUAGGUGACUAUAGUGUCCAUUUAAGCCCCGUAGUGCAGGGAUAGCACAUUUACAAAGAGUGUCAGCUGAUCACUCUUAGCACUGAGCUGGCCCUGCACCGCCAGGCGUAGGCAAUGAGUGUUAAUUUAAUGGGUUGCUGUGUUUUAAAUGAAACUAUUUUGUACGCACAUUCCUGACUUUGUUUCUGCGUUAUCAUUUUUAGAUUUUCUAUGCAUAUACUCUAUAAAGAUAUUGCUAUAGACAAUUGUGUUUACGCUAUUUUCUGUUCUAAUGUUAAAGUGGAUAGCUAAUUGCUGUAAGUGGUUUAGAACACCGUGCACAAAGUUGGGUCACGUAUUCAUUUGUACAGAUUUCUAACAAUGUUUGUUAUUCUUUAUAUCUGCCUUUUCUGUUGCCCAAACUGUCAUAGAGUGGUCCACUUCCCUACACCACUGUGUCUUAACAUUUUCUAUAUUUUCCAUUGUACAGGCCCUAUUCAGAAAGACACAACUAGGAACACUUUCAAGGAGAUUUCAAAGCCACAUCCCUAUCGCCGGCCUUCACAAAUACAGCAACGUCCGAGAACAAAAGGGGUAAGAAUAAUAUGAAUGCAUGUGUUGGGUAAAGUCCUUGGGGUAUUUGUUUGUUUUUUAUUUAUUUAUUUUAAACUGCAGUGAAAUUAACAGAUUUGGGAUGUCCAAUGUAUAUUUUUUAUGAACCAAUUCUUGAAAAGUCUUUCCUUAUUCUUCCCCUCACUAUUAGGUUUUGAAGAGUUUUCGUGGACCACACCGUCCUCAACAGAAUAGGUUCACUGCACCACAGAACUACAAUCUGCAGUACAGCGAGGUACAGGUGGGAGUGUCAUUUCAUUCUAUUAAUGCUUUUUUAUACUGGAUACAUUAACCUGCAGCCAUUUUACACCUCUCAUACACUUUAUUAUUAUUCUCAUUGGUCCCAGACUGCUGUAAUAAUUUCUGUUUGUAUUUUCUCUCCAGAAUUGGCAAGACUUCAGCGGCAGGCCUCCGUACUGGAAUUACAACGGGUGGUAUUAG